AUGGCAGCGAAGUCUUCACAGACCAUGACAAUCCCCACCGACGCUGAGCUGGUCCAGGCGCAGGCUGACCUUUGGCGCCACAGCCUCAGCUACCUCACACCAAUGGCGCUCAGUUGCGCCAUCCAGCUCGGCAUCCCUACCGCGAUUCAUCGUCUUGGCGGUGCCGCGUCAUUGCCGGACCUGGUCACCACACUGUCCCUCCCGCCAUCCAAGGCGCCGUUCCUCGGCCGCCUCUUGCGGCUGCUGUCCACGACGGGGGUGCUGGCGUCAAACGAGGCUGGGAUCUACAGCCUCGUCCCACUGUCCUACCUCCUCGUGGAUGGUGUACGCAUCGACGGUGAUGCUAGUCAGACGGCCCUUGUGCUCGCCGUGACCUCCCGGCAUUACAUGGAGGCGGCCAUGGGGCUGGCCGACUGGUUCAAGAAGGAUAUCGCGCAGCCCGUGCCGUCACCAUUCGAGGAAGUGCACGGUGCGGCACUCUUCGAGGAGAGUAUGGCGGUCCUCGACCCAGAGUGUGACAAGUUGUUCAAUGAAGCUUUAGCUGCCCAUGACCAUAUGGGAAUUGGUACAAUAUUGCGGGAAUGUCAUGGCCUAUUCAGUGGCUUGCAGUCGCUCACAGACUGUUGUGGUGGUGAUGGGACGACAGCCAGGUCCAUCGUUAAGGCCUACCCGCAUAUAAAGUGCAAUGUGUUGGACCUUCCAAAGGUGGUUGAUAAAGCUUCGAGCGAUGGUUCCGUUAACUAUGUUGCCGGUGACAUGUUCCAUUCCAUCCCACCUGCUCAAGCUGUAAUGCUCAAGCUUGUUCUACACUUCUGGGGUGAUGAGGACUGCAUCAAUAUCCUAGCCCAAUGCAAGAAGGCCAUUCCUUCCCGAGAAGCAGGAGGAAAAGUGAUUAUCAUAGACAUUGUGGUUGACUCUUCUUCAGGACAGAUGUUCGAAACCCAACUGCUGAUGGAUGUGGCAAUGAUGGUAUAUACCAGGGGACGACAGCGGGAUGAAAAUGAAUGGAGUUCCAUCUUUGCGGAAGCAGGGUUUAGCGACUACAAAAUUGUCAAGAAACUUGGAGCUCGGGGUGUCAUCGAGAGUAGUGGUGUGCUAUAA